CCUACAAUCGACUCCCGGCGUGAUCGGAGAAACAAAAAUCAUGAAUAUCAGAAAUGCGAUGCCCCAAGAUUUGAUGAAUAUGCAACACUGUAAUCUGCUGUGUUUACCAGAAAACUACCAAAUGAAAUAUUAUUUCUAUCAUGGACUGUCAUGGCCACAGCUUUCAUAUGUUGCUGAAGAUGAGGGUGGAAAAAUUGUAGGCUAUGUAUUAGCAAAAAUGGAGGAAGAUCCUGAAGACUCUGUGCCACAUGGACAUAUCACAUCUUUAGCUGUGAAAAGAUCCCACAGAAGACUGGGAUUAGCUCAGAAACUAAUGGACCAAGCUUCAAGGGCCAUGGUCGAAUGCUUCAAUGCCAAAUAUGUCUCUCUACAUGUGAGAAAAAGCAACAGGGCAGCUUUAAAUUUAUACCAGAAAACUCUGAAAUUCAAUAUAAGUGAAAUAGAACCCAAAUAUUAUGCAGAUGGCGAAGAUGCCUAUGCCAUGAGGAGGGACCUCUCAGAAUUCUCAGAUAAGACUGAUAAGCCCCCAGUUCAAGAUUCUAACACUAAAACCAGUAUAGACUGAAUGUUAUCAACAGUAACCACUCUUAGACUUAAUAUGGACAAUAAAGUUUUAUCCAUGGGUGCAAGCUGCAAGGAACUGUGUAAUAAUUGCUGAUAUCUCUGCAUCAUUGGCAUGGCGGUGAACACUGAAGUACCAAGGCAUCCUGGCCUUUGGAAUAUCUGAAGUGCAAUAUCAGCAAGCAUGCUUCUUUUGGUUUGAGUUGAAUUUUUGCACAGGUAAACCGUGUGCUGGAUAGUUGUGUUAUGGACAAAAGGAUACACAUUGGUAUAGCCUCUUUUUAUGUUAGUUACAUGAUAUUUGUUAUCAUGUACAGUUAAAGAGUCUAUAUGUCAAUGUGCUGCAUCAAAUAGAUUUUCAACUGGAUGCACAUGAAGUAAAUUUUUGGAUCUAUGAAAUACCUUGUCAUGAUGUGGGUUAUAUGAUAAUUAUAUUGCUUAAACUGGUUAAAACGAGUUCAUUCUUUUUAUUAUUUUUGUCUUGUUUGCUGAAAGUGUUUUCAUUAAUUUGAUACAGAAAGAUAAAUCUAUUGAUAAAAUAAUGUUUCAGGUUGAAUGGUAAGGAAAUCAAAAUUACAAAUACAGAAUUUGUAAAUAUUUUCCUGGCAUUAUUUUUUACUUUCAUAAUCUUUAGAAUAAACCAUUUACACACA